AUGCCUAUCACUUUUGAUCAAACAAUUAAUCAAUCAAUCGAUCAAUCAAUUGAUCAAUCAACCAUCUGUGACAUUGAAUAUGUUAGCUUCAAAUAUAUUUGGGCUACAAAAGUUUUAAUGCGCCAACUUAAUGAUAAUGAAUCAGUCAUUUUGCAUGUGUCACCAAAAUUUGCAACUGUUCAUGGACAGGUGGCAUUUCAAUGGUCAUUGCAAAUGCGUGGCACAACAUUUCUCAAUGAUAAAGUUGAAAUGGAAUUAGCAAAAGGAAGUCAAGAUGAAGUGGAAUGUGAACCAAAUUAUAUUGCAUUGUCAUUGUAUUUUAAUGAUGGACCAGCACCAAUUAUUGAUAAUCUACAAACUAUCACCAAACUUUUACAAAAUAAGAAAUGUAGCAUUGAUGGUAAUGAUGAUAACGAUGAUGGCGAUGGCACUAAUGGCUAUGUUGUCGUCGCUGAAACAAAACGAUUAAGCGCUAUUCGUGGUAAAGAAACUGAACUUACAACGAUUCAACGUUUUGAUUUUUCGAAUUAUAUAAAAGAAAAUGUAGGUCAAAUAGUGCGCUUAUCAAUUAUGCUAAAUUUUCCCGUGCAAGUAUUUGAACCAAGUACCUAUCUUAAUACACUUACGCCAACGCCAAUUACGUCAUUUCUAACAGCUAACUAUCGAGCACGAGCAUCUUCAAAAGUAUUUAAUAGACGUUCACGAAAAAAUAAAUUAUUGACUAAUAUGGAUGAUAAUCUUCGUCGAAGAUUAUCACUAAAGCAGCAGGAAGAUGUUGAAGAAAUUUUUAAUCGUAUAAUCAAUGAAGAAAAUGAAUAUUAUAACAAAUCACAUUCAGAAAGUGAUUUUAAAAGUUAUGAAGGAUUGCAAAAAGCUGGUUACAAAACAAUUUUAUUUAAAAAAUUAUUAAUGGCAUGUUGUGAUGGUUGUCAAAAGAAAGCUAAAAUAAUGGAAGAGGAAAAUUUUGAAAUGGAACAAGAAGAUGGAUUAGAGGGUUUGGACGAUGAAAAUACAUUUGAAUGCAAUGAGCAAAAUAAAGAUGCCCUUCAUGAGAUGCUUGCUAAUAUGUUUUUUACAAGAGUUGCUUUACCCGAAAUGGGUUUUGUGGAAAAUUUUGCUGACUUUUUAAUUGAUGCUGAAUUAAAUAAUUUACCUGUAUUAAAACGAGUAUGUGAAGGUUAUUUAUGUAGCGAAUUAAAUUCAAAAAAAGAUUUAAUAACAUCAUUGCUGCUGGAACUUUUAUUUUUGGGUAUUGUUUUCAAUUUACGAGUAUUGAAAUCAAUGACACUUUCUGAAUUAUCCGAUCGUCCGGAUGAAUUAAACGGACCGGAUGCCUUAUUAGCACUUGAUGAAUAUAAAAGUUUGGAUCGUCGAAUGAUAAAACUCAGUGGAAGUAAUCUUGUUGAAGUAAUUGAAGAAGUGCAACGAUUUCGAAAACAAAAAUUACGCACAAAAUUGAUUAAACAAAUUACAAAAAAUAUUUCGGAUGAUAUAAAUCAAAUGAAGACUGACAAUAAUAUGAAUUCUGCUCAAUUAUAA